AUGGAAACCAAAAAGAAUUCCCAGCUCCUCGUGCCCCUGAUCCUUCUCAGCGUGCUCUUCUCACAAACACUGGCCUUGACUACUUUGGAAACAGAAGCACUGAGUUUUAGGAAUCUCAGACAUGCUGAUGGAGUUUCCACCAGUAACAUUAGUAGUCCCUUGGAUCAUCUUUCUCCCAAAUCAUACCCAGAGCCCCUUAUUGAAAAACGAGCAAGCAAUGACAUCUCAGAAGACCAGGGACCAAUCAAACGCCAUUCAAAUACAGAACUCACUUUUGCUUAUUCUCGCCUCAUUAAAGUGAAGACUGGGAGUAAAGGCUUGAAGAAGUUGCUUAGGGGCAAGAGGUAA